AUGGCGCUUUAUCUUUUCUGUGCUUUUCUUGUUAGCACCUUAGUUUUCAUGCAAACUCUGGCUGAUACUUCAUGCACCGAUUGUUUCAUUCAUUCUCGAGCAGCAUAUUAUCCAAAUUCUGACGAACACGGAACAGAUGUAGGUGCAUGCGGGUUUGGUUCCUUUGGUGCUACGGUCAAUGGCGGAGAUGUAUCAGCUGCAUCUUCUCUUUACCGAAAUGGUGUUGGUUGUGGCGCCUGUUACCAGGUGAGGUGUACCAACAGUGCCUAUUGCUCAAACAAUGGUGUGACUGCAGUUAUAACUGACCAAGGUUCAAGUCACAACACAGAUUUCAUUCUUAGCAAACAUGCCUUUAUUCGGAUGGCUCAAACCACUGACGCAGCUGCUUCUCUAUUAGCCCUUGGCGUAGUUGAUAUUGAAUAUAGACGUGUUUCAUGCAGCUACCCAGAUAAAAACAUAACAAUUAAGAUAGAUGAGAGCAGCAACAACCCUUAUUAUCUGGCUUUUGUCAUUUGGUACCAACAAGGAAGGAGAGAUAUAACUGCUGUGCAGCUCUGUGAGACUCAAAAUUUUGUGUGCAAGUUACUGGAUCGGAGCCAUGGAGCGGUGUGGACUACUGCCUCUCCACCAAGUGGACCUUUGUCUUUAAGGAUGUUGUUUAGUGGUGAAGAAGAGGGAGAUGAAACUUGGGUUGUUCCAGUUAAUAACAUACCCGGAGACUGGAAGGCUGGAGAAACUUACGAUUCAGGGGUACAAGUGAACCAAUAG